AUGACUAAGAACAAAUUAAUAUGUGUUUACCUUUCAACAUAUCUACUCAGGUGCAAGGGUUUCUUCAAGAGAACGGUGCAGAAUAAACGUGUGUAUACAUGUGUUAGUGGUACCGGAAGUUGCCCGAUGACCAAGGAACAAAGGAAUCGAUGCCAGUUUUGUCGAUUUCAAAAAUGUUUACAACAGGGUAUGAUCCUUGAAGCGGUACGGGAAGAUCGAAUGCCUGGUGGUCGGAACGGAAGCGCUAUUUACAAUCUUUACAAAUUGAAAUAUAAGAAGACAAGGCGUUUACAAGCGCUCUGUGAAAGUAUCUUACGAGAAAACACUCCGCGUUGUGGUACCCCAUUAGGUGCUUCUGGCACCAUUUCAAGAGGUACACCUCCAGAACAACGAACAAUGGGACGCGCACCGCUGCGGAGCCCACUGUCAGGCACAUCAGCACCUGAUGUACCUCCCAGCACCGAACCUCUUAAUUUAUCGGCCAAAGAGAGUGCUAUCAGAAGUGAAGAAAUACCUCCAACAAGUGGCUGUAGUAGUAGGAUAGCCGCUCAAUUUGUCUCCAGUAGAUCUCCUCUUCCUGCUCAUAACAAGAAUCUGAUACAGGAACUGAUUGAAAUAGAUCAUAUCGAAAAACUAAUCAAUCUAAAAGGUUUGCGGAUAGCCCAGCAAUUGGGAUCACGUAAUAGCGAUCUGACGAUCCCCGCAUGUCAGAGGUUAUCAAGAAUCGGUGAUGAAAUUGUUGAGCAACUGGUUGAAUGGACUAAGAUGCUGCCGUUCUAUCACGAUUUACCUGUGGAAGUACACACUCAUUUGCUGACGCAACGAUGGGCUGAGCUGGUAUUGCUGUCGGCUUGCUUUUAUGCUGCCUCAACACGAACUUCCAGUCAAGAAAGUUUACCGGUCACUUCGACAACUAUUGAUGAUAUCGAAGAAGUAUCUUUCGUUGAUUCUUCCGUUAAUUUACAACUGCUGCAGAAACGAUUGUGUUCCGUUAUGGGGAAACAUAUACCACUGGAGCAUGUCAACAAGGAAGCUUCACCUUUAGUCGAAAAAUUCACUGCUUUAUUGCAUUCAUUCAGUCGUUUGAAAAUUACCUUGGAAGCAUACGUUUGCUUGAAAGCCAUCACUUUACUGCAUUAUACACCUCACAGUUGUGAUGAAACGGCUGUUGAUGUGAAAGAAUCGAUGGUGCGGAGUGUCUAUGUCCGAAAAGUAUCUAUAAUACAGGAUCAGUUCGUGAAGGCUUUGCAGAUACACCUCAGUCAGCAUGAAAAUGGCGCACGACUAACUGAUAUUUUAACAUGGCUACCAAUGCUACAUUCUGCAUCAUCGGUAUUGUUGCAUAGCAAAAUGUUCUAUGUCCCUUUCUUAAUUUGCAAAAAUCCACAACGAAUCAAUGGUGGCGAUCGUGGCACAGAAGUUCGAACAAUAUUAUCACCGUUAUCUUAUCGUCCUUUCGCCACUGUUACUGAUGAUGAGGAAGAAUUAAAUGCGACAAACAGCUGUUAA